CGAGAAUUACUCUAGUAUAUAAGGGCAAAGAACAUGUCUCUGCCUAGGUAAGAGCCUAAUGCGCUCAUGGUGAGCAUCACUGCACGUGUUCGCGCGUCAUUGCGUACGUAGCGCGGCGGAGAGUUCGCGUUUGGACCUUUGUCACUAACCGCAACUCACUCCCAGUACAACACAGCGGUAUGGCCGAAAUUUGGACCGGAGACAUCCUUCUUCCAGAUAACACAGAGAUCAAAGACAUCACAUUCGCGUCCCGAGACAACGCGUCCACUCUCCGGAUCCCCGCAUCCCCCCUCCGCUUCCUCGCAGCUGUUGAUACCUCACAUGUACCUCUAUAUCUCGCCGCCGGACCGAGCUUAGACGUCUGGGCAUCCUCGGAAGACACACAGUCAUGGUUCGAGUCAAUACUGCUAAGCAAAGCAGCAUCCGAAGUCGACGCGCCGGAGAGUCCGUCCACAGCGCAGCCAUGGUGGACUCAUGCGCGAUCACAGUCGCCAAUUGGCAUCCUGGUAUCUGUUGAUGGUGAUAUAAAGGAUGAGAAGAACCCCAGGAUAACAGAGAUACUGUUCUAUGGCACCAUAGCUGCAGCUGCAGAUGGUACCUUUCCGACUCCGCCUUCAUCCUCGCCCGAACAUGGCACGCCCGAGAUUCUACCUGAGCUACGAGUCCAUGCUCUUCCACUGUCUUCAGAUCUCCUCUACAAACCCAGCGCACCCACUACUGGCCCUGCCUCACCAUCUCUAAACACAUCGGACGCAUCCUAUCCCACGGAGCCACAAUUCCUACCCUCCACCUUCUCCCUCGAAUCCACCACCACCCCCUCCUCCCCCAAACGGAAACGCGAUGUCUUCGAAGAAGCCGCCCAACGGCGCAAAAAAGCCCGACGCAAAGGCGGCGAGAGCAUCGCAGCCGCAGCCGCCAAAACCCUCGACAACAAGCCGUCCGUCACGCACAGGCGCUCCAUCUCCAUCGACGGCAAAGCGAUACCCUUCGCGGACCCACGACCCGGAUCUGCAGGCGCAGCUUUGUCUCGUCCACCAUCGCGACCGCUGUCUCGUUCGCCAAGUAUAUCUUCGUCUGACGUCCGGCCUCUCAGCAGAAAAGGGCCGCAGGAUACGAAGCGCUCGAAUCUGUCAAAGGUCGCCACUGUGCCUGUCCAAGCAGAAGAACCCACACUGGAAACCCGGAAUAAGGAAGCUCUCUCCCGAGUCGUGCUCGCCGCGAUGCGCAUGCACGGCCUCCAGCAGCGAAAGAAGACGCGAUCGCGACGGGGCUCCACUGCCCCUGGACUGGAAACUGCGGAGCAGAAGCAGGGUCUUAAUGAAGAAGUGGCGAAAGAAGAGGCGGCCAAGGAUGAGGAGUACAAGCUGAUAUAUCACCAGGCGUAUAAAGGGGCGGCAUUCGCUUUGAGGCAACACAUCACCACCUCCCCCUUGCACCUGCACCCAGACCGCCUCCGCCCCCUCGUCGAGAAACUCCUCGACAUCUUCUGCGCCGAUCCGCUAGCCCUCCCUGCUAGUCCCCCCAAUGAUCCAUCUGGAGAGGUGCUCGCGACACCCGCCAACAAGGGCCUCUUGGUUCCGGGGUCAACGCAGAGUAGGGCGAGUCCGUUCGAUUUACCCAGUGGGAAGGGGUUGGCUGAGGCGAGGGCGAAGGCGAGGCAGAAGGAAAUAGAAAUGGGGACUGUGACUGGCACUGGGAGUCCGGCGGCGAGGAGAAAGGGGGGGGAGGGGAGAGAGGUCUUGACGGAGUGUUUGACAGAGUGUCUGACUGAGGUCCCGAAUAACGGCGAUGCGCCAGGCGGGUAGACUGGUGAGUAGGAAGAUCGAGACAGACGGAGCUUGCGAAGGGGAGUAUAUGAAAAUGGUGGGAUCACGGCACAUAUAUGAGCAUAGAAUUGGGGGUAUGCUGAAACGAAGUUAUGAGGGAUGAACAUGCAUAUGGAUGGAUUGGUUAUGAUAAAAACAGGAUGGAGUUUUGUAGGUGGUGUGCAGGCACAGUUCAACCAUUCAUUCAUGAAAGAGUUACUUUUGUCGUGCUUAGUAUGCGAGUGGAC